AUGGAAGAGUUUCGUAGCUCCGCCUCUGUCAGUCUUGAUGCGGAGCUGUACUACGUCAGAGAAGGCGUGGUGAACAAAUACGCGACCAGCUUUAUAGUACCAGUGCCGGCUCAUAUUGCAGACUUGGAGUUCAUGUGGCAGGCCCUUGGCGGUCGACCGCUACCGUACGUGAUGGGUAUAGACUAUGAGAGCCGUGGCGCCAUGCAACCGCCUCAAGUUAAUAUAUCCGAGAGAGGGUUCGUGCCUACUACGCUCCAGACGUUUAGAGUGCGAUUGCCUUGCACGGGUACCAGAAGUGCAGAGAUCUUGGUCACGAUGCAGCUGAACAUAUCAGCACCCGACCGCGCUCAUAAAGACAUCCGGCUACUCUUCAAGAGAAACAAGAUCUGUUUGAAAGGGUUAUCAACGGUGCCACAACCGCGUAACGAAACUGCCCGGCUGGCGGGGGACGCGUCACAAAACUCCGGAGGGGUACUGUUUGCAGCGGGCGGGUGUGCAGCAGCAGCGCUAGCGCUGCUAACUGCUGCUGCCGCAGCCGGCACGCUGUACAAGAGAGGCAGCAAGGCGAGGCAUCACGAUUCGAUACAUACAUCAUAUACAACAGCAGCUUAUGGCAGUCACCAGAACGUCUUACUAAGGCUUGAUACUCUUGGAAGACCGCCAAGUUCUACAGGAUCUUAUGCUACGAUUGCUAGCUUGCACAAGUUUCCGUUUGGUAGCCGACGUUCUCCGUCGCCAUAUGCAACAACACACAUAGGAGAGCACGUCUACGCUAAACCAGAGUCAAGGGUCUCGUAUUACGCCGCCUCUAAUUUAACACACGUUUCACAGCAAACGUUUACCAAAGAUCGAAUUACGGACCCAGCUGAACAGCUACGAUUGCUUACGACUCCUCGAUCAAACAUCCGUUUAGAGAUUUUAGUACACGAGGGAACCUUUGGCAGGGUUUAUAAAGGAGUCUUUAAGAGAGGCGAUACUUAUGAAGAGGUGGUUGUUAAGACUGUUUCAGAUGCGGCGUCAGCCAUGCAAGCAGCGCUAUUAGUAGCCGAAGGAUUGAGGCUGUUUGGUCUAGUUCAUGCUAACGUAUUAACGCCUAUGGCUGCUUGCGCUGAAGAAGCUCGGAAACCGCUUUUAGUAUACUGCUGUCCCUCUCAUUCUUCUAAUCUGAAAAGGUUCCUAACGUCAUGCCGAUUAGGCCAUCAAGCAGCUCCCGCAACUCGAGAACUAGUGGAUUUAGGUGCUCAAGUUGCCUGUGGGCUUGCGUAUUUACAUGUUCAGCGAAUAGUACAUGCUGACAUUGCCGCCAGAAAUUGUGUGGUGGACGAGAAACUAAGGCUGAAGGUGACAGACAAUGGUUUGUCAAGAGAUCUGUUUCCCGAUGACUACCAUUGUUUGGGAGACAAUGAAAAUCGGCCGGUCAAAUGGAUGGCUCCGGAGACGUUGUUACAGAAUCAGUAUACGACAGCGUCUGAUGUUUGGUCGUUAGGAAUUUCUCUAUGGGAAUUAGCGACUCUAGGAGCAUCACCAUUGGCAGAGUUGGACGCUGCUGAUGUGGGGGCGUUUUUGAGUGGAGGAUAUAGACCAUCACAACCACACAACUGUCCCGAUGAACUGUACGGUUUAAUGUCAUGGUGCUGGACCUUAUCGCCUCAAGCUCGGCCCACAGCCCCACAGCUUCUAGCAGCCCUUCACGACUUCAGGCAAGCUCUCAGCACUUAUAUUUAG